AUGAUUUGGUAUAUAUUAUUUUUAAAACUUAACAAUAGUACUAAUGAAGUAUCUAGUGAUACGGUUGAGAAUAAAAAUACAAAUUUAAAACGGAAACAAAAUGAAUUUGAUAAUCAACCUGUUUCAGAAAAAGCAAAAAAAAUAAACAAAACAGAUAACGAAGAAGAGUCUUCAAUAAAACGACAAAAAACAGAUGAAACAAGCAAAAUGAGUGGAGAAACCAUAACAGGAGAAUUAGAAGAACCGAUAACGUUUGAAGAAUUUAAAGAAAUUAUAGGAAUAGAAGGAUUAGAAGAAAUAAUGGAACCGGAUGCAAUAGAAGAAAUAAUGAAACUCGACCCAAUUAAAGAAAUGAUUCAAUCAGAUGAAUUUGAAAAAUUAACAGGAUUUUAUGAACAAACACAAUUUAAUGAAUUAGAAAAAGCAGGAAGUACACAAAAAAUCAUUUUAUAUCCUCAUAUAACAGAAGAAACAUUUAGUUUUUUUAAGGAGUUAGAUAAAAGAUUUAAUGUACCAUCUUCAGAUGAUAUUAAUCAACAAUAUAAAGAGAAUAUUUAUAGAAUUAUACAAAGAAAGGAUUUUUCAUUUCCAAUAACCACAAAAGAUUUUUACAAAAUCUUAAAAACAAAAGCAUUUAAUAAAUCUGAAUUAGAAAAAAUUGCUAAUUUAGAUUUAAAUACAAUUCAAAGUAAGUCUAACAAAUUGAAUUUUUUUGAAUGUUUCUUAUUAAGAUUUGUUCAUAUUUUAACAUAUCAAAACUAUAAGGAUUAUAAAGAAGAAAAUAUAGAAAUCAUUAAUAUACUCAUAGAUUUGUUAAACGAAUAUAUUAAGUUUUAUUCAUAUUUUUUAAAAUUAAAAGAAGUGGUUAUUAUGAUAAACAAUGAUGACAUUGAAAAUUUACAAACUACAAAAGAAGAAUUUAUUGAUUUAAUUGACAAAAAUUUUCUUUCUCGUUUUAAUUCUUUAACUAAAGAUGAGAAAUUUAAUGAAUUUGAAAAUUUUAUUGGAAGUAUAAACAGAUAUUUAAAAAGUGAUGCAUUUUUUAUAAAUGAAGAGAUAGGGGGUCUUAAUUUAUUUGAAUACUUUAAAGACAUUUCAAAAUCAUUUGAUGAUAGACUUGAUAAAAAUAAUAAGAAAAAAAUUCUUAAAUUAAUAAGUUAUAUAUAUCUUGGGUAUAUUCAUUUUUCAUGUAAAAUAGAUUUGAUUAAAUUAAAAAAAUGUUAUUUUACAGAUGAAAAAUCAAAACUUUUACGUGAUUUUAUUAAUUUAAUGAAUAGAGUUCCAUGGAAUAUUGAUGAAUAA